CAGCAGCCUCAGACAGACCAGGCGGCGUCUCUCUGCUGCGGCACUAUGGACUGGGCAUCCAGCUGUCUGCCCACUUCUCCCUGAGCGUGAGUGACUGCCAUCCGUCUGUCUGCCUGCCAGCCUGUCCAUCUCUGGUGCAGCUGCCUGGGCCUGCCCUGCCAUCUGUGGUGCUUGCUGGCUCCCUGCAUGGGACACCUGCCCGAAAGCCCAGCUGCACUGACAAGUCUGGAUGACAGGUCUUAUGACUGACUGGGGAACCAAAGCAGGCUGUGGACUCCUGCCCCACACUCCUGCCUGCUUUUUCUGGACUCUCAUCACCCAUCACCACAUCAAACACAGCUGCCCAGACCGGGGAGCCCAGCAGAUCACCCCAAGCACCAGAUGGAUUUCUGCAGAAGAAGCUGAAGUAGCAGACAGAUCUAAGAAUUGGAGGGCAAUCUGCCCAGGAAAGGACGGGGACAAGCAGGAGCCUCCAAGCCUGGGCCCCCCUCCAGCCACGCCCCCAGCAGCUCCCGGAGUCAGCAUGCCCAUGCCCCGUGGCUGGACAGCCCUUCUGCUUCUGCUGGCACUGCAGGGUGGCUGGGGCUGCACAGAUCUCAUCUGCUACACUGAUUACCUCCAAACGAUCACCUGUGUCCUAGAGAUGUGGACCCUCCACCCCAGCAUGCUUACCCUCGUCUGGGAAGACCAGCAUAAUGAACUGGAGGACGUGGACACCUCCUGCAGCCUCCACAGGUCCACCCAUAACACCACGCAUGCUAAGUACACCUGCCACAUGGAUGUGUUCUACUUCAUGGCCGACGACAUUUUCAGCGUCAGCAUGACAGACCAGUCCGGCAACCACUCCCAGGAGUGUGGCCACUUUAUCCUGGCUAACAUCAUCAAGCCGACUCCCCCUUUCAACGUGACUGUGACCUUCACGGGACAUUAUAACAUUUCUUGGUGUUCUGAUUAUGAAGAACCUGAUUUCUACGCACUGAAGGGCAAGCUUCAGUACGAGCUGCAGUACAGGAACCGUGGGGACCCCUCUGCUAUGAGCCCAAAGAGAAAGCAGAUCUCAGUGGACUCAAGAAGCGUCUCCCUGCUCCCCUUGGAAUUCCAGAAAGACUCAAGCUACGAGCUGCAGGUGCGGGCAGGGCCCCAGCCCGGCUCCUCCUACCAAGGGACCUGGAGCGAGUGGAGUGACCCAGUCAUCUUUCAGACCCCUAGGGAGGACAUAAAGGAGGUCUGGGACCCUCACCUGCUGCUCCUCCUGCUGCUUGUCGUGGUCUGCAGCCUUAUCAUCUGGAGCCUGAAGACCCACCCGUCCUGGAGGGUGUGGGAGAAGGUGUGGCUGGUGCCCAGCCCAGAGAAGUUCUUCAAGGACCUGGAUGAGAUCCACAGAGGAAACUUCAAGAAAUGGGUGGGCUCACCCUUCACUGCCUCCAGCCUGGACCUGGGGCUCUGGAGCUCAGGGACACCCUCGACCCUGGAGGUGUAUAACUGCCAUCCACCACAGACUCCAGUGAAGGGGCUGGAGCCUGCAGAGCUGACAGAGCCAGCAGACCUGGUGGAAUCUGACGGCAUGCUUGAGCCCAGCUGCUGGGGCCCAGUGCCUGCCAUGGGCCGCAGCUCAGGUGGCUCAGCCUGUAGCGAGGAGAGGGAUCGGCCGUAUGGCCUGGUGUCCAUCGACACAGUGACUGUGGCGGACACAGAAGGGCUGUGCACAUGGCCCUGCAGCUGUGGGGACGACGGCUACCCAGCCCUGGACCUGGACGCUGGACUGGAUCCUGGCCCGGGACUACAAGACCCUCUUUUGGGCACAGGGACCACAGUCCUUUCCUGUGGCUGUGUCUCAGCUGGUGGCCCUGGGCUGGGAGGGCCCCUGGGCAGCUUUCUUGACAGAUUAAAGCUGCCCCAUGCAGAUGAAGAGGGCUGGGCUGUGGGGCCACCCUGGGGUGGCAGGCCACCCGGAGAGGUGUCAGAGAGCGAGGCGAGCUCACCCCCCGCUGGCCUGGACAUGGACACAUUUGACAGUGGCUUUGCAGGCUCUGACUGUGGCAGCCCUGUGGAGUGUGACUUUGCCAGCCCCAGGGAUGAAGGGCCCCCCAGGAGCUACCUCCGCCAGUGGGUGGUCAUGCAGCCCCCACCUUCAGGACCUGGGCCCCAGGCCAGCUAAUGAGGUUGACUGGCUGUCCAGGGCUGUCCAGGCCAUUGGACCCCAAGGCAGCUUCUUCGACAGAUUAGAGCUGCCCCAUGCAGAUAAAGAGGGCUGUGGUAUGAAGAAACCUGCAACCUUCUGUCUGCCUGAUGGACAUCUAAGCCUGAUGUUUACAGAGCGUGUGUGCAUGUGCAUGUGUGUGUGUGCAUGCGUGUGGCUCAGGGAGUGCUGGCACGUCGUGUGGACACUGCAUGUGCCCAUGGACACUAGUGCACGCCUGUGGUACGCCAUGUGUUCACCUGCACACACGUAUCUGAGCCUGUGGAGCUCACCCCCUACACAUGAAUGUGUGUGUCAAGUGUGCCCGUGGCACACAGAUGACAGACUCCCACCCUUCCAGGGUUGUGCCCAGGCCUCUUGGGACCAGAGGAUAGCCUGUGACAGACAGCAGGCCCAGCCCUCCAGGUCCUGCCUCCAGGAGCAACAGGAAGCCCACGCUGUUCCUUAUCAUGUCUCAGUAGCAAGGGGGAGGGGAAGGAGUGUGCCCACAGCAGCCCUGGGGGUGGGAGGAAUUGGUGGCCUAAAGGAUGUAGGUCUGAAUCUCAACUCUGACGCCUCCUGGCUGUGCUUCCUGGGCUAAGUCACCUACCCUGUCUGAGCCAGAGUUUCCUUGUCUGGACAAGGGGGAUGGCACGGCCUACCCUGGGGAAAUGAACAAAUCGCCCACAAAUAUUAUGCAGCCCAGAGCAGACCCUCAAUAAAUAUCAGUUUCCUUCCUCCUGCGGCCAGGAGCAAGGCUUGGGCAGGAGGCAGGCGGGGGUGAGAAAACCAGCUAAGAGUGACAGCCUGGGUACCUGUGGGGCUGUCCCACCCUGCAGAGGGACACUCAGCGGAGUUUCCGGACUUAAAAUCAAUCAGUCUUGUCUCUUAAAAACAGCCCCCAUCAUUGACUUCUGAUGCCCAUUAAAAAUAAAAAUCCCUUCAUGCACCCAAAAGCUAUUUAUUGAACACAAAGUACUUGCGGGGCGGUACAAGGCCCACUGACCCUCCCCUGGGGCACUCGUGGCAGGGGCAGCCUGGACAAAUUGGCAGGGAGAAUAGUUUUCCCUCCAAGAUUGCCUUUCUCAGAGGUGGCUUGGCUUUUUCCAGACCAAGCAGAGUUAAGGCAGCAGAGUCUGAUUCAGCUCAGAAGCUCUAAGGGGGGAUGCUCCCGUCCCAGACCUAGGCCCAUGUGGGCCCCAUUGUCUUCCCCGGAGGCAAGACUGAGGGGCAGCACCUGAAGGACACAGCUCUGGUGGUCCCUGCUCUGGGAGCAGAGCUGGGUGAGGAGUCAGCCCUGCUGUGAGCUUCUCCAUGACUCAUCUGUAAAAUGGGGUGGUCCAGAGAGACAGCUGAAUGUUUGAGAGUCCUUGGGGGGGUGCCUGGCAUGAGGUUGGAAAGUUCUAGAACACUGACGACUUUAAUAGUGGAACAAUGAACUUGACAUAAGGGUAUGUGAGACGGGAGCAUGAGAAUGAAACCGCAGCUCCUGCACGGGUGAGCAAUUCUCACCAUCCUCCCCCAGUACCCCAGAGACUCUUGGGCCAAGGUGUGCUGUGGUUUUCACACCCUCUUGGGGGCAGCAGGUUCCAGGUGCUGGUCGGCUCAGCUCUUCUGCACACAGAGCUCCUUGGGGUGUGGGGGAGGGGACAAGUGGGACUGACUCAGGCUGGGCCUGGGGCAGAAAAGGCUCCUCAAAAUACCACCUUUGAAGGGGGCACAACUAGAGUACAGGUGCAAACAGAUGGAGACAAGAGCUGGCCCACCUGGAGGGAUGCAGGACAGGACGGAUGGACAAGAGGACCCGGAGAAGGGUGGUAAAAAGCUUGAAGGAGGAAUGGUUGGAUGGGUAGACCAAGACGAACAGAUACCGGAGCAAAGAUGGACAUGGAGCAUGAGCUCUGUGAGGCCAGCAGCUUCGUCUGCUUUGUUCUCUGCUUUACCCCCAGCCUGGCACACAGCAGGCACUCAA